AUGGACGGACCCGAGGCACCGCUAAUUUCGGACCGCCAGCGUCACCGAGGCCUCCAGAACGACGGAGAGGAUGACGACCCGAUCGCCCCGGUGGCCGAGCUGCUGGCCAAGCCCGGGACCAAGCCCAGCGCAUUCGUGCUGCUGCUGACUCUGGCCGCGGGUAUCAGCGGAUUGCUAUUCGGAUACGAUACGGGCGUCAUCUCGGCGACUCUCGUCUCCAUCGGCACGUCCCUGUCGGGCCGCGAGCUCACGUCGCUGGACAAGUCCGUCAUCACGUCGUCGACAUCCCUCUUCGCGCUGGCAGUAUCGCCCCUAUCGUCCGUGCUGGCCGACAAGCUCGGCCGCAAGCGGGUCAUCCUAUACGCAGACGGGCUCUUCUUGGCCGGGUCGCUGGUGCAGUGCCUGAGCGGGAGCGUGGCGGCCAUGACGGCGGGGCGGUGCAUCGUGGGCGCCGGCGUGGGGGCGGCCAGCUUCGUCGUGCCCCUCUACAUCGCCGAGGUGGCGCCCUCGUCGCAGCGCGGGCGGCUGGUGACGAUGAACGUCCUCUUCAUCACGCUCGGCCAGGCGGUGGCCUACAUCGUCGGCUGGCUCUUCUCCACCUUCGGGACCCGGGCCACGGCGUGGCGGUGGAUGGUCGGGCUGGGCGGCGUCCCGGCGGCGGUGCAGGCGGCGGUGAUCGUGCUCAUGCCCGAGACACCCCGGUGGCUCGUCAAGGUGGGAAGGUCGGCGGCGGCCAAGCGCGUGAUACAGAGGGUCAAUGGCCAGGAUGGGAUGGCCAGGUCGGCCGCCGCCGACGCCGAGGCCGACGCCGAGGCCGACGCGCUCGUCGGCGAGAUCGAGAUGGAGGCACGGCAGGAGAGGCAGGCACGGCAGCUGAGGCGGCACGGCUCGCGGGCCUGGCUCGGUGACUGGCAGGAGCUGCUGAGGGAGGGCAAGAACCGCCGUGCGCUGGCCAUCGCGUGUCUCCUCCAGGGGCUCCAGCAGUUGUGCGGAUUCAACUCGCUCAUGUACUUCUCGGCCACGAUUUUCACCAUGGUCGGCUUCCGCAGCCCGACAUUGACGUCCCUCGUCGUGGCGGUGACCAACCUGAUCUUCACCACCGUCGCGUUGAGUCUGAUUGACCGCGUCGGGCGGCGACGCAUCCUCCUGCGGUCCAUCCCCUUCAUGAUCGCAGGUCUCCUGGCGGCAGCAUUCGGCUUCUCUCUCAUACCGGCGCCGUCGUCGGAGGGUCGGGACGGCAGCCGGGAAGCGCAGGCAGCGUCCGGGUUCGGCGCCCCCAUCAUCCUGGUGAGCAUCAUGGUGUACGUCGCCUCGUUCGCCCUGGGUCUGGGGAACGUGCCCUGGAUGCAGAGCGAGCUGUUCCCCCUGUCGGUGCGGUCGCUGGGCAGCGGUGUGGCCACGGCGACCAACUGGGGGUCCAACUUUGCCAUCGGGCUCACCUUCCUACCGCUCAUGGACGCGCUCACGCCCCCCUGGACGUUUGUCCUCUACGCGCUCGUGUGUGUUGGGGGCUACGUGCUCAUCUGGCGUAUAUACCCGGAGACGGCCGGGCUGUCUCUCGAGGAGGCGACGGCGCUGCUGGAGGAUGGAUGGGGGGUGAGGUGA